AGGCAGUGGGCUCCGAGUCAACUGGUAUGACCGCGGGCACUGGGUCAGACAUUGGAUCGUCUGACCGGACAGCGGGCAUCAGGUCACCAGGCAUCAGGUCAUUUGGCUCGACCGCGGGCACCGCGUCAUCUGGCAAGGCAGUGGGCUCCGAGUCAACUGGCAUGACCGCGGGCACUGGGGCAGACAUUGAAUCGUCUGGCUGGACAGCGGGCAUCGGAUCACCAGGCAUCAGGUCAUUUGGCUCGACAGCGGGCACCGCGUCAUCUGGCAAGGCAGUGGUCUCCGAGUCAACAGGCCCGACAGUGGGCACCGGUCAUCAGGUACCGGAUUGUCUGGCUCGACAGCGGGCAUCGGGUCAUCAGGCAUCAGGUCAUUUGGCUUGCCAGCGGGCACCGCGUCAUCUGGCAAGGCAGUGGGCACCAAGUCACCAGGUA